ACAAACCCCAAUCUCAUGGGAUAUAUAUGAAAAUAUUAAUACUAACAACUACGUACCUACCUGCAUGAUGGCUUUAAACGUGAUCAAAAUCUCCCCGGUUCGUCCUGCAACCCCCUCCCUCUCCCCGGUCAUCCUCCCACUAACAUUCUUCGAUCUACUCUGGCUGCAUCUCGUUCCUACAAACCGAGUCAUCUUUUACAAACUCACCGAGUCAUCAUCAUCUUGCGAUUCCUUCCACUCCGCUAUCCUCCCCAAGCUCGAGCGGUCCCUUUCCCUCGUCCUCGCACACUUUCUCCCUCUCUCCGGUCAUCUUAACUGGGACCCACAAGCUCCUAAACCCCACAUCCUCAUCUCGCCGCAUGACGCCGUUUCCCUCACAGUGGCCGAGACCGACGCCGAUUUCUCUCAGAACUCCACCAAAGGGAUCCGUCCCCGGAAGGAGCUACGCGCUCUUGUCCCCGAGCUGCCGGUUUCUUCUUACUCAUCCCCUGUCAUGACGCUGCAAAUUACACUGUUCCCGAGCCAAGGCUUCUGCAUGGGACUCUCGCUGCACCACGCUGUCGCUGACGGCAAAACCGUGGUUAAGUUUCUCAAGUCGUGGGCUCACAUAUGUAAACACGGGGCAGCACCACGAGAUUUUGAUCUACCCAUGGUUUUAGAUCGUACGGUCGUCAACGUUCCAGCCGAACUCGAAGCUAAGAUCUCGCGAGACAAAGCAAGCGUAGCAAGGUCCGUAAGUCUUCAUCCCGCCGCCGAAGAGACUGACGAUCUCGUCAAGCUCACGCUCGAGCUGAGUCAUGAGGACGUGGAGAAGCUUAGAGAACGGGUGCGAAGGGAGUCGACUCGCCCCGAUCUCCCACACUUGUCGACUUUCGUAGUCACUUACGCUUAUGUAUUGGCCUGUGUGGUGAAGGCACGUGGAGGCGAGGAGGAAGAAGAUCGACUGGUUCCGUUCAUGUACGUUGCUGAUUUCAGACAACGGUUACACCCGCCUGUUCCCGUGAACUACUUUGGGAACUGUGUGUUGCCUAUCAAUUUCUAUCGAUACAAAGCGACGACGUUUUCUGGGAAAGAUGGGUUUGUCAAUGGGGUCGAGAUUCUCGGUGAUUCGAUAAGAGGUUUGAGUUCGCGAGGUGCUGAGGAGUCAUUAUGGGAGAUGUAUGAGGAAGGAUUAAAAUGGGCGGAACCAGGUACACCGAAGGUAAUCGUCGCUGGGUCUAACAGGUUUGGGAUAUACGGGUCAGAUUUUGGGUGGGGAAGACCCGUUAAUACUGAGAAUAUAAGCCUCACUAGAAACAUUCUCUUCACUAUGUCGGAGAGGAGGGAUGAGAUUGGUGGUGUGGAGAUUGGCAUGUGUUUGAAGAGAUGUGAGACGGAUGUUUUUGUUUCUUUGUUCCGAAAUGGAUUGUAAAAAAACUUGACAAGUUUUGAACUGCAUUUCUCCUUUCCAAAGAUGUUUUAAAUUAGUUGUGGAGUUGCAAGACCUUUAUAAAUAAAACUCUACCUCGAGAUUACAAGAG